AUGGCGACUCUACCCACAGCCUUCUCGCCAACUCCCUCGGCACCCGCCGUCAUCAUCCCCUCCACCGCCCGAACGUACACCUACGCCCAACUUUCCUCUCAAAUCCACGCCUUUCAGACCUUUCUCGCCUCCGUCGGCAUUACCAAUGGUUCCGCCGUUUCAAUUUCCCUCGUAAAUGGCCUCGACUUCAUCGUCUCCUUCCUCGCUGCGACUCACCAACGCGCCAUCGCCGCGCCACUAAACCCAGCGUACAAACAAGCUGAAUUCGAGUUCUAUAUCGACGACAUUAAAUCCGCACUUUUAGUCGUCCCACAGGGUUCCGUUGCCUCAAACUCCGAAGCAGUACGUGCUGCUAGAAAGUACAAUGCCGGAAUCGCAGAGGUGCACGUGGACGGGAAUGGUGAUGUCAAAGUCUCCCUCGUAGAGCGAGGACGUCUGGGGAAUUCGGUACCUUUGGCUACUGCUCAACCUUCCGAUGUAGCUCUAGUACUACACACCUCCGGUACAACCGGUCGCCCGAAGGCCGUCCCAUUGACACAUAAAAACCUUACGACUACAAUGCGAAAUAUUAAGGCUACAUACGCCUUAACGCCGGCAGAUAGAACAUACCUCGUCAUGCCGCUCUUCCACGUUCACGGCCUUCUAGCCGGAUUUUUGGCACCAUUGCACUCCGGUGGAUCGGUUGUCGUCCCACCGAAGUUCUCUGCUACGACGUUUUGGAAUGAGUUUGUGAGGUUCAAGGCGAAUUGGUACACCGCUGUUCCCUCUAUGAAUUCAAUUCUGUUGAAGUCUCCACCACCGAAACCAUUACCCUAUAUUCGGUUUAUAAGAAGUUGUUCGUCACCAUUGGCUCCUGCUACGUUCCACCAGAUUGAAAGCACAUUCGGUGCACCAGUUCUGGAAGCAUAUGCCAUGACUGAAGCAGCACAUCAAAUGACAUCGAACCCCUUGCCUCCUGCUAAACGAAAGCCAGGAUCAGUGGGAUUAGGACAGGGUGUUGAUGUCAGGAUCCUUGAUGAUAAUGGCGAUGAAGUUCCACAGGGUAAAGAAGGCGAGAUCUGCAUAAAAGGAGAAAACGUGACAACAGGGUAUUUAAACAACGAAGCAGCCAACGCCAGUAGCUUUACAAAAACUGGAUAUUUCAGAACGGGCGAUCAAGGUAAAAAGGAUGAAGACGGAUAUGUCAUUAUCACCGGAAGAAUCAAGGAGUUGAUCAAUCGCGGAGGAGAAAAGAUCUCGCCGAUAGAAAUAGAUAGUGCGUUACUAUCUCAUGAGACUGUUCAGGAAGCUGUUAGCUUCGCGAUUGAACAUGAGAUAUUGGGACAAGUACCCGGUGCUGCGGUUGUGUUCAAGGAAGGGAAACAGGUGGGUGUUGAGGAACUUAAGAGGUUCUUGGGAGAGAAAUUGGCGGCGUUUAAGAUUCCUACGAAGAUUUAUGUUACGAAGCAUAUGCCUAAGACGGCGACGGGGAAGAUCCAACGAAGGAUUGUGGCGGAGGAGAUGAAGAGGGAGGAGGCGAUACAAGGAAAGGCGAAGUUGUAA